GCUCAAGUAGAGCAGACCUAGAAGAGAGACCGGAACCGAAAAAGAACGCGUAUCCCGUCCAAACCGAAACCGGACCGGAUCGGAGAUCAUAUCGGCUGUGGCAGAACUGCAAAAAAGACCAAGCAGAAGAAAUAAGCACCUAAAGAAGGCAACAACAAGAAAACUGAAAAUGAAAACGUGGAAACAGCUGCCAAACGAGGGGCGGCUUUUGCUGUUGUUAUUUUGCUGUCUUUCCCACUUGACCCAGCACUGUCUGGCCUGGCGUCCAUGUCCGGAGCUCAGUCCAGCCUUACGUCUGCCAUGCAGGUGCAAUGUGGUGCCUUUUGCUGCAACUGGCCAACUUGGUGCAGUGGCCAUGGAUUGUGAUCGUGUUGUCUUUCAUGGCGAUGCCCCCCAGUUACCAUAUGGAGCUCCCAUUGUGGCGUAUACGCAACGUUACAGUGGCCAACAAGUUUUACCAGCACAGACCUUUGGCCAACUUAAGUUACCCAUUGAAGAACUUGAUCUAUCCAACAAUCUUAUAAGACGCAUACCCGAAAAGGCUUUCGAUAGUCUCAAGGAUGUCCUGAAUGAACUGCGUUUGGCCAACAAUUUGUUGGGCGAUAAUCUGAAUCCAAUAUUCUCCACGGCUGAACUGCAUUCUCUAAAGAACUUGCGUCUCUUAGACCUCUCUGGCAAUAAGAUUAAACUUAUUGAGGAGGGUCUACUCAAGGGUUGUGUUGACUUGAAAGAAUUCUAUGUAGAUCGUAAUAGUCUAACCGCUGUUCCAUCCAAUUCACUGAAUGGACCAAGUUCACUACGACAUCUAUCCUUGCGUCAGAAUCAAAUUGGUACCCUUAUGCAGGAGUCCUUUGGCUCACAGCCACAGUUGGAGAUUAUUGAUUUGCGUUACAAUUUUCUACGUAAUAUUGAUAGCCAAGCCUUCAAGGGACUGCAGAAAAUUCGUGAAAUCAAAUUGGCUGGCAAUCGCAUAACGAAUCUGAAUAGUGAUGUCUUUGAGAAGCUGCCCACAUUACAGAAACUAGAUCUGUCCGAGAAUUUCAUUAAUCAGUUUCCCACAGUGGCCCUGGCAGCAAUUUCCGGAUUAAAGUCCCUAAAUCUAUCAUCCAAUAUGUUACAGCAAUUGGAUUACACCCACUUGCAAGUGGUGCGGACUCUGGAGAGCUUGGACUUGAGCAGAAAUAGCAUAACCAGUAUACCUUCUGGAGCUUUUCGUGAUCUUAGAUCUCUAAAGUUCUUGGAUUUAAGUCUCAAUUCACUGAGAACGAUUGAGGAUGAUGCUCUUGAAGGCCUGGAGAGCUUGCAAACGUUCAUCAUUCGGGAUAACAAUAUUCUGCUGGUUCCAGGCAGUGCUUUGGGUCGUCUGACGCAACUUACCAAUCUUCAAAUGGAUUAUAAUCGUGUCGCAGCACUAUCAGCUGAAAUCUUGGGCUCUCUUCAGGCAGGAGAUAUCACGACUUUGUCAUUGUCACGAAAUGUUAUCCGUGAAUUACCUCCGGGCAGCUUUCAAAUGUUUAGCAGUCUGCAUACAUUGGAUUUAUCAGGGAACUCUCUUGCCGUGGUCAAUGCGGAUACUUUUGUGGGCUUGGAAAGUACACUGAUGGCAUUGAAAUUGUCACAGAAUCGUCUUACGGGCUUGGGCGGAACACCAUUGUCACUGCCGGAACUUCGAAGCCUCGAUCUGAGUGGUAAUAGCUUGACGGAGGUGCCUAGUAACAUUCUGGAGGAAUUGGAGAACUUGCAAAGUCUGAAUCUAAGUGGCAAUCACUUGACCACCCUGACUGGAGCCCUUCUUAAGCCAUUGUCCCGUCUUCAGAUCAUUGAUCUCAGUCAUUGUAAUAUUCGGCAACUAAGUGGCGAUCUACUGGCUAAUCUACAGGACCUCAAACAUAUAUAUUUGAAUGACAAUCAGCUUCAAGAGUUGCAGGAUGGCAGCUUUGUGAAUCUAUGGAAUAUUAGUUCCAUCGAUCUGUCCAAUAAUCGCAUUGGAUCAAUACGGUCCGGGGCCUUUGUGAAUGUGAUGCAAUUGAAGAAAUUGGAUUUACAUGGCAACGAAUUGACGGCAUUCAAGGGUGAAUUCUUUAAUACGGGUACAGGAAUAGAAGAGCUCGAUAUUUCAUAUAACCAAUUGAGCUAUUUGUUCCCUUCGUCGUUCCGUAUACAUCCCCGCUUACGUGAAAUUCAUGCUGCCCACAACAAAUUCUCCUUCUUCCCGGCGGAACUUAUCACCUCGCUGCAAUAUCUCGAAUAUGUGGAUCUAUCCGAUAAUCAACUCAAGACAAUUGAAGAACUAGACUUUGCCCGGCUGCCACGUUUGCGUGUACUGCUCCUCGCUCAGAAUCAACUGGAUAUGGUCAGUGAGAUGGCCUUCCAUAACUCCACACAGUUGCAGGUUCUGGACUUAUCCCACAACAGUUUAGAUCGCAUCGGAGAGCGCACUUUCGAAGGACUUGUGCGUUUGGAGAGCCUCAAUCUCGAGAAUAACCGUCUGACCGAAUUGUCCGAUGGAGUCUUUGAGCGUGCCAAACUUCAAAUGCUGGAAAAUAUUAAUUUGGCUCACAACCGCUUCGAAUAUGCUCCAUUGAAUGCCUUGCAGCGUCAGUAUUUCUUUGUAUCCUCUGUGGAUUUGAGUCACAACCGCAUUAGGGAAUUGCCCAAAGAUGAUAGCAUUAUGGUUAAUAUCAAAAGUAUAGAUCUAUCAUUUAAUCCACUGUCCAAUCAAGCUGUCCACAAUGUCUUGAAUGAACCAAAGACAGUAAGGGAAUUAAAUCUAGCUGGUACGGGAAUUGAGCAAUUGGAUCUUCUAGAGACUCCUUUCCUGCAGUAUCUAAACCUAUCACACAACAAAUUGAAUACCAUCAAACCAGAGAUAUUCCAACGAGUCACCCUAUUGGAAACUUUAGAUUUAUCUAGCAAUAACUUACAAACUCUGGACGAGAUAUCGCGAGCUUGGCCCCAAUUGCAGGUACUUCAAAAUCUGGAUGUAUCUAACAAUAGUUUCGAGAUAAUUUCCCAGUCAAAUUUCGGUCAACUAGAGAUGUUGCGAUCUCUUCGCCUAAAUCACCUGAAACAGUGCUCUAGGAUUGAAAAGAAUGCCUUUAAGCAACUGCCCAAUUUGGGCACUCUGGAAGCCUACGAUUUACCAUUGCUGGGUUAUCUUGACCUGCAAGGUAUACUCGAAUUGCUGCCUGGAUUGGAAAUGCUGGACAUUGAAGUGAAGGACUCGAGCAUCGGCAGUGAGCAAAUCCAACCACUGAAGCAUCCACGAUUGAGCAGCCUUGGCAUAAGAGGCGAGCGAUUAAAGUCGAUAUCGUCAGGCACAUUGGCUGGACUUAAAAGCAACGAAUUGACCAUAAAACUACAGAAUACAUCACUCAGUGCACUGCCACCAGCGCUUCUAUUUCCGGUACCCAGAUCCUCACAGCUUAAGCUCAACGUGGAUGGCUCUAAGAUCACCGUGCUGGUGCCCCAAUUCCUUAACGCCCUGGAAGAUCGUCGAGCCAGUCUACAAUUGCAGGGUCUGGACAGCAAUCCAAUAGUGUGCGACUGCAAUGCCAGAGCCCUGCGACGUUGGCUACCCAGCUCCGGCAUGUCGGAGCUGAGGUGCCAAGCGCCGCCCUAUUUGGCCAAUCGCAAACUCAUCGAGGUGGGUGACGAUGAGCUGACCUGUGAUCCCCGACGCAUGACCUCAUCAACUUCCCGUCCCACAUCGCCACUGUUCCACAAGUCCUCAGCAUCCAGUCAGCUGGUCACACGCAGCAGUUCAACCACCACCGAAGAACCAAUGAUCAUCUGGAGCCUAGAGCCCACACAUCCGCCCACAUUAAAAAUUAAGACCAAGGCACCGCUAAUGAAAGCCCAGUCGCCUAUUAUCAGCAAUGAUGAUACCCUCAUCAUUGGCAUUGUUGGUGGAGUGGUUGCUUUUAUAGCCAUUCUCAUUAUUAUUAUUUGCAUUAUCAGGCUGCGGAUGAGCAAUGUGGAGUAUCAGCAAAAUGCAGCCAUGAUUGGCAUUCCUUCUGGAAUGCAACUGGGUGCCCAUAAUGCGGCAUAUAACUAUAAGAAUCCAGGAGCUGGAGCUGCACUCUAUUCUGUGCCUCCCUACCAACCUAGCUAUGCCACCUUGCCGCACAAAGCAGCUUCUAUCCAUCAGUCCACCCAAAGUCUGGCCCAGCAGCGGCAGCAACAACAGCAUCAGCAACAGGCAGCAGCUGCUGCUGCUGCCGCCUACUCAACCAUGUCCCGCAUGUCGUACUUCAGCGGCGCAGGGACAGGAGUGGGUGAUGGGGCAGAGAGUAUAACACAACACCAGCAGCAUCAACAUCAACCCUAUAUCAUUUACUCGGACGACAAGGCCUAUAGAUAGAAGAAGAUACAUAUAUAGGCAUCUUGGUAGUCGAAUCUUUAUCAUCUAUCCCACACCCAGUUCUUACUCUCAGUUAGUUAGUCAGUCAGUCAGCCGCGAAACAGCGGAAGAGUUUUCAAACAGGUUCUACAUAAUCGUCAUUAUCAGCUUUCGUUGUACAUAGACUUAAUACAUACUAACUGUAACUAUAACUCUAACUAUAUGUCUAUCGUAACAUAAUUAAG